AUGAGUAGGAUUCGCGUAAAUUCGUCUCCUGAAUUAGCUGCUUCUCCAUCAACAACUGAACAGCAUUAUGAUGAUUCUGCAUUGGAAGGAGUUGCAGCAAAUGUAAAGUUAUUGUUGAAAUUAAUUCAAGAUCACAAGGAUGCUUGCAAUAAGGAGAAAAAGGAUGGGAGAAGAAUGUUAAGGGUGGCUACAAUGAUGACAAUUCUUGAUAACGUUAGGACAAGAAUUCAGAAAUGUCAAUCAUUUGGUAAUAAAACUUCAGAAGCUGAACUGAGGCGAUGCAACACUGAUCUUAAGCCUAACCAUGUUCCGAGGGACAAAAAGCAUGGGGAACCGAUAGCAGACGAGAAAGAAAGGCUACGAAAAGAGCUAAAUGCAAGCUUGGCAGCACGAAAGAGCCUCGAGAUAAUGUGUUCAAGUUUGGGAAAAGAGAAAGAGAUUAUGGCCGCGGAACUUUCUAGAAAGGUACAUGAAUUGAAUGGAAUGGAAGAGCUUGUCAAUGAUUUCAAAGCACAAAAUGAGACAUUGUUGGAAAAAGUCCAAGAAUGUGCUUCGGAACAUAAAGAAAGGGGAGGUGAUGGAGGAGGAAAACAAGGAAACAUAGCCCUCCAAGAAC